AAUUCAUUCAAAAUGGAGGAUAGUGGUAGAAAAAAAUGCGCGCCAAAGGUCCAACUGCAUAUUCACCUUGAUGGAUCGGUCCGAGUUCAAACUGUAAUCGAUCUCGCCCUCGAGUAUGAUAUUCCUCUACCUACAUAUGACGUUGAUAAAUUGAAAUCUUUAUUAGAAAGUUACACUGGAAGCUUGACAAAAUUUUUAGAAGCAUUUAAGAUAUUUGCUCCUGUGUAUACAGGCAAACUGAAAGCAUUAAGAAGAAUUGCGCUUGAAUUUGUUGAAGACUGCGAAAAUUGCGGUCUUUGGUAUUGUGAAGUACGAUAUUGUCCAUUUCUCCUGACAGGUGAUUCUUUAAGUGUAUAUGAAGUUAUGGACACGAUUGAGAAUGCUUUAAAAGAAGGGUCUGAAAAAUAUAAUGUAAAAAUAAAAUCGAUCUUGAGUAUAAUGCUCCAUCUACCGGACACUGCCAUGAAAACAGUUGAAAUAGCAAAAUCGUACGAAAACGUUGUAGGUAUUGAUAUAGCAGGUGAUGAAAAUACCGUCCCAAAAACGGGCUAUGAUGCUCGUUUCAGAAAAGCAUUUGAGGAAGCUAAGAACUUGAACAUUAGUAGGACAGUUCACGCCGGAGAAAACGGUCCGCCUUGGCAUGUCGAGUUUGCCAUCAGAGAUUUAGACGCCCAAAGAAUAGGGCAUGGCUACGCAACCGUUAAAGAUGAAAAUGUGAUAAAAUUAUGUCAACAAAAACACAUUCAUUUGGAAACAUGCCCACUGAGUUCACGGGCAACGGGAUCUGUAAGUGGGGAUUGGAAGAAUCAUCCUUUGAAGAAAAUUGUUAAAUUAGGAAUUUCAUUCUCAGUUAAUUCAGAUGACACGAUUAUGACAGGUAAAGAUGUUAGGGGAGAUUUCCGAGUAUGCUUGGAUAAGAUCGGUUUAACAAGACAAGAUCUUAUUUCGUCGGUUAGUUAA